CCACAGUGAGUCUGAUGUGGGCUCACAUAAGCAUUUCUACCUCUGAACAGGAUACAUCAUCUAGACUGGCAUAAAGGCAAACACAGGAUUUUAAUUUGGCUGGACACGAUUAAUAUCACCAUGCCUGUGCCAUACACUGACGUACCCAAGAAAGAGCAACAGGAGCUGUGCUCGGACACAGAUGGAGCAUGUUUGAACCUGGGGAAGAAGAUCAGUGUUCCUCGGGAUCUGAUGAUGGAGGAGCUCAAUCUGCUGUCCAACAGAGGAUCUAUAAUGUUUCACGAGAGACUCAAAAGAGUGGAGAGGUUCACCUUGGAGAAUAUAGCACAGAGACACCUCAGUCACUUAGAGGAAACACUUCAAGGCCAGAAUGCCACGCAAGGAGAGAAAGGAAGUGAUUGCUUCAACUCUGAAAGCUACAUCAACCAGCCUGGAAAGAACAGCCUAGUCACCACACUAAAGCACAUGGUUGCAAAGAAAGGAAUCCCAAGUGUGCUUGCACCUGGUUAUGGGGGGCCUCUGAAAGAGGUUCCUCCGGAAAAGUUCAAUGUCACUGUGAUCCCCAAAUCUUACCAAUCACCCUGGGAGGAAAAACCCAUUGACAACGAGAGCCUGUUAGCGAAGAUCAGUACCCAUCUGCCUGAGCCACCUUACAAACUCACCCCAGCCAACUACAAAUGCUUUAACAGAAUCAUUGGUAAAGUAGUUUCCCCCCGAAGUAUUAGACUGGUAAACAAGAUUAUCUAAAAUAAUAAUAAAAGUUUUUUUUUUUUUUACUCGGGGAAACAGUUGCACUCUAUUGACAAUUAGUACACUUCCGCAAGCUUUGGUGCUUGUUUUUUCAAACUUUUUUUAACGUCACAUUUCCACUUCCCUUUCAAAUAAAUUAGUAGAUAAACUAAGUAGCAAAAGUCCCUCAAAAUGGUGGUUGAAUUAAGGAAGGACAUCAGCCACUACUAGUAACAUUAUACAUAAAAGACUUAGCAUGUCUGGCAUGGGAAGGCUGCCUGCCAAAAAACUGUUGGUUUUAAGGUCAGGCAUUAAAACAGAAUUUGUAUCUUGAAACCUUACGCUGGUCCUGGCUCAUGUAUCAGCAUGUGGGUGAAAAAGACAAGACUUGUUCCACUCAGCUGUUAGGGAAAGUCAAGACUAUUUUAGGGACAUGAACAACAUUCAUUGUCAUUCUUCACAGAGCUCCUACGCCGUUUGGUGGGACAGCAGGUACUGUGAGGACUCUGCCGCUACCUGGCUUUGAGAUGCUGCAGGCACACACA